GUUUCGUGCGUUUUCAUUAUACGAAGAAACGUAGGCCUCUCAGGCACGAUUAGAGGUCACCUUAGGGUUGAAGGUCAGAUUAGCGAGGUUCACAGAUUUAACAGAUCGCACUUUAGAGCGAGGUACAUGUUGUACAGGCGUUGUACUACUAUCUGUAUAGCAUAAGCCCUACAUGUACAGUACAUGUACAUGUACAUUGUACUUGGCCUAUGCAGAUGGCAUGUAACAGAGGCUAGGUGUACGUGCCACAGCAUAAAGACUUUCUGCACGGGUAUAUUGCAGUGGCUUUUAUUGCAAGGCCUGCUUCCUAGAACAAAGAUGGCGGGCGUCCUCAGCUUUGUAUACAAUGUCAGUUCCAUCCUCGUUGGCGUCGCGGUCUUCCUGGGCCUGGCCGUGGUACUGCGCUACCGGCGCAAUCUGCCGCCGGGCCCACGGGGCUGGCCUAUUCUGGGGCUGCUGCCCAAGCUUCUUCGGCUGGGCCACGGGUAUGAGUUCCGCAGCUGGCUGUCCGACCUCUCCCGCCGGCACGAUAUCUACAGCCUGAACAUCGGUGGGCAGCUGGUGGUGGUGGUCAGCCAGUACACCACGAUCAAGGUGGCGUUCAUCAACCCCCAGGCUGCUGCCAGACCGCCCUCCACGCUCUCUGCAGACUUAAAGAUCUUCCCCAACCCCCAUGCUUCUGGGAUUGUCAUGUCAUCUGGGGAGAAGUGGUCAGAGCUACGAAUGUAUGUCAUGGCAGCACUCAGGGGUGACCGCAUUGGGGGCAAGACCUUCGAAGAUAUCGUCACUAGCGAGGCCAAGCAUCUAGUCCAGCAGAUCCGAAAUCUGAAUGGCCGGGCCUUCGACCCCAAGAGCCUGCUGAGGAGGACCACGGCCAACGUCAUGUCCACCAUCGCCCUGGGUCGACGCUUCGACGACUCCGAUCCCCGCUUCCAGAAGUUCCUGGACUGCUUGCACCUCUUCUCUGACACGGACGGUUUUGGGUCGCUGUUGGGGAUGGUGCCAUUCAUCCAGAGACUUGGCUCCCUCAUCGGCUUCCAGGAGGCCAAGACAGCUACCGUGAAUGCCGUAACGUUCCUGCGGGAGGAAGUAAAGCAGCACCAGGAGACGCUAGACUUCGACAACCCCAGAGAUGCAAUAGACGUACUGCUCCGAGGGAUGCUGCUAAGGAAGAGAAACUACAAGAAGACCCACAUCGAUACCGACGACAUCGCUCUGACUGUGUUUGACUUGUUCCUGGGCGGAACAGAGUCGAUUACCUCGACCCUGCGCUGGGCGUUCCUCCACCUGGUCAGCCAGCCCGACGUCCAGGCGGACAUCCACGCGGAGCUAGCGACGGAGGUGGGACUCAGGCGGGCCCCAGCGCUCUCGGACCAAUCCAAACUGCAUUACACGGGGGCGACAAUAUGCGAAUCACAGCGGAUCGGUUGUGUGGUGCCCCUGGUGGGUCCGCAUUACGUGUCCGAGGACACCACGAUGUUUGGCUUGAACAUCCCCAAUGGUGCCAUCGUGGUCGGCGACUUCUGGAACAUGAGCCGGGAUCUGGCGAUUUGGCAGGAUUCGGGAGACCCCGACAAGUUCGUUCCUGGACGAUUCCUGGAUGAGUCAGGCCGUCUGGAUCGCCGAGACAAACAGCUUAAUGUAUUUAGCAGAGGCCGUCGCCUUUGUCCCGGAGAGAACGUGGCUCGUAUUCAGCUCUUCCUCCUCUUCUCUCAUCUUCUCCACCAGUUCGACUUCUCAUUGCCGAGGGGCGAGCCUCCCAUGAGGUUCAAAGGAGAUUUCAAGAUGACCUUUUCGCCCAAACCCUACAAAAUUGUCGCCACUCCUAGGGAAUGGUAGCCGUCGUUCAAGCCCAGCUUUGUACUUUCUUCCUUCAAAACACCAUGUUUCUUUGAUUUGCAUGCCCUGCAACAGGUCUAAAGAUUCAAUAAACCAUGUGCACGAAGGGGGUGCCUGUAUGCAAUGAAAAAAAAAAGACACGUGAAUAUACAUAAAAUCCUCCAAAACCACCUAGAGGAUUUUGGAGGCUUGAGGUCGGUUAUAAUUAUAGGGAGGGAGAAUGCUGUAAAAUGUGCAAAACCUGGAAAAAAUACAAAUCAGGUAACAAAUGAAAAUUGAAACAUGUUGUCCUCCCUAAAUUAAAUCUGCCGAUUCAAAAUCACCAAAAAAAACUAUUUGAUCUAAAUUGCUAUUUGAAUUGGUGAUAUAGAAAUCAAGAUGAUUUACGUGUAAAUUAGCCAACAUUCCCAGGGAGGCGCAUACCGACAGAAAAUAAUUGAACCAUGAACGAUUAACAUAUUCAUAAGAUUAUGUAAGGAAAUCUGAAGUAAAGAACAUGUACACUUUAUUUCCUUAUUUCAGAUCGCGAAAAGUAUUCAGUGAGAUUGCACUUACAAAAUCCUCAAAUUCAUGAGUGAAAUGUGGUCAGUAGUCCACCUUGUGUUUAAGAGAUACUGCAAAGUUUUGUUUUUGUUUUUUCUGAUUACAAGCUUUUAAUUUUAACUAACAUGAAUGCCAAAAGUGAUUAGGACACUUUUCAUACUUCUGGUUCGGUUAAACCAGUUCUGGAAUGCGACAAAAAGUUCACGAAUAAAAAAAUAACCGCACGAAAAUCCAUUUUUCAGCCAUGGUAACAAGCUGAUUUUUCUAAUGGAGAAUUUCUAAGGGAAAAAUAUUUGAUAAAUAAAAUUCCAUAACUUAUUCCAACAAAUUAAAAAUAGAACAAGUGUAAAUUGUCACUCAACGUUAUCAGCUGUACAGCAAGCUGUCAACAAUACCAUCCCGACGCCGCGCACUGACAAACCCAUUACGUCACAUUUCUGCUAGGUUAGUAUAGUUGAUUCUGUAACGUACCUGUAUUUGCAUGCCCUUAAUUUGCGAUCCAAAUUUAGAAAAAAAAGGUUCAGUUUUCAGCCGAUUUUGAAAACGGAAAUUCUAAUUCAUUUGAUAUUAGCUGUAACGUGUAUAUGACUGUCAAAAACGAAAAAGUAUUUGGAAUCACACAUAGUGGGUGACCGAUCGCCCUGUAAAUUGUUGCUGAUUUUUGGCCAAGCUAGAAAGUUUGAAAACAAAUAUAUUUUACCUUUCAAAUAGAACCUGUCUUAGAAUGCGAACUGAAGAACAGUACAUAAAGAAGUAGGUUUCACAUUCAAAUGAUCCAGAAUUAGGAAAGAUCCGGAACUAGGAAAACGACUAUAAAGAGUCAUGAAUUUAUUUGCUCGGAAAUUCUGUGGAAUUACGCCCCCCCCAUCAACUUGACUUUUGUUGUAGAAAUAAGUAGUACAGAAAUAAUUUCUAUUUUCCUGAAAGUGCAUCUGCUUCCUAAAUCAGAGCGAGCACAGUGAUUAGUAUUGUAACUGACACAGACAAACCUAGUCCCAAGGACACAUAUUUUCACCAACUCUUCUCUGUAAAUUGUGAAAUUUCUCCUGGUUCGUCGUUAACAUGGCAAACGACCGUAUGCUUACGGACGGCGCCAUUUCGAGUGCCACCCGUCCCCAGGUGCAAUGGUGGUAUUUCAUGAGUUCAAAAGGAUCGAGGUCGGAGACAGCGCCCUCUAUCGGCACAUUACAAAAAGGCGAACAAAACACGAGCAUUUUCGCAUUUUUAUACCCAUGCAUGUUUCGCAUUUAGAGCAAAACAUCCCGAUGGCAACGGGCAAAAUAUUGAUUCAUAGUAUGUAAGGUAUUUAUUAGAGCAAAAAGUAAGUUGCCACUACAAACUAUCGACGAACCUGCAAGCUAUGGUUUCUGGCCCGCGGUCUAACGCGUAGUUCGAGUACAGCUGGACUGAUUUUAUUUAAUAAUAAUUGUUACAUUCUUCACAGGUGUAUUUUGCAUCCCCAGUGUUGAAAAGGAAUAAUGAACCAAAUCCUAUCCUACAUCCUAUCCUAUUUUUAAAGUUUAGAAUAAGUCAUUCAAGUCAUAAGUGGUCUGGUAGUCACAAAAGGUGAGACGUUGUAGUGCCACUUAUAGAUGGACUUCGCUCUGUAAACAGCACCGUCUAUAUUUAGGGCCAUAUUGAAUUUUGGGUAUUGGGUUUAAAUGAAUCUAUUAGCUUAAUCGCUCAACUGUUAUCUUAUUAAAUGAUCACAGGUUGAA